AUGGAUGAAACUCAAAACUCUAGCCGUGGACCACCAACAGUCACGGGAUUGUCACCAACGGAAGGUGUUCCUGGAACCCAAAUCACCAUUCGUGGUGAAAACCUUGGUGAAGAUCAAAAUGAUAUUGUUAUGCUAAUUGUCUGCGGGGUUGAUUGUCUUCCUACUAUGAAAUGGAAGUCGAAAUCCAAAAUAAUAGCUAGGCUAGGCCAGGCCGGUAGAGGUCUUGGAGAAGUUAGAAUUGCGACAAAAUCUGGCGGGCGCGGAAUAUCUCAUGUUAAAUUUCGAGUCUUUAUCACACAAAUCGGACCUCUUGAAGAGUCGGCUGUUUGGGUAGAUGAGACUAGGACGGUUCCCGGCAGAGAGGCGAUUCGAAGCGUUCCUCAAAUUCAAGAUGAACGCGAUGCUCUGGGAUUGAUUCCAAGUCAAAAACGCAUCGAUCAAGCUAUCCUUUCGCGUGAUUUUCCUGAUGCUUCGGGAAAUUUGCGUAUGGAGAACUUCUCAUCUCAAUGGUAUCUUCUCGAGAAUCAUGCCGAUGCAACGAUUGAAGAUUUGAGGGCAGCCAUAAAAAAUAUGGAACUAGCUAAGCAAAGCGAUGCGAAAAGAAGCGAAGAAAUGCAUAAAGCAAAUUUAUAUUCGCUUAUUAACUGCGUCGACACAUUGGCAAAUCUACAUAAAGCUCUGGAAAAAGGAGGCAAAGAUGAUCAAUUUGCAGCUCUUUCGCACAUUUCCAAACUGAUUAUGGAAUCAAAAAUCAAAGCAGAAAAUGUUUUCGCCGAUGUUUUAAAACGCAAAGACGAUGCUGACGCGACUCGAAAUGCCUUGGGCGUGAUUGUCCGAUUCAAAUUCAUUUUUUUCCUUUCCUCGAAAAUUGAUGAAAAUAUGAAAAAAGAUGAAUAUAUAACAAUUCUGAAUGAUUACACAAGAGCCAAAUCUCUUUAUCAAGAUUCGGAUAUUCCGUUGUUCCGAGAAUUAAUGACGGAAAUUGAUAAGAAAAUGGAAAAAUUCAAAGAGGUAAUGACCCGAAAAUUGAUUGAUACUCCAGUGUCUUAUGAAGAACAAUCCAAACUAAUCAAAUAUCUGAAAAUUCUUGAUCCUGAAUCAGAUCCGACGUGGGAAUGCAUCACUUCCUAUUACGUUUGGCUUGAAAAAUGUUUAUGGGACAUGCAAGAAGAACAUCUUCAAAAAGCAAAUCAGGAGUCCAAGGACAAUCAGCAGCAACAUCCUCACUAUUUGAAUAUGAUCGGAAAGAGCAACGAAAUUCAAAAUUAUGUGAAUACACUCGUCGGAUUGCUGCUCAGUAAAUUGCCGUCUUUCUGGAAACUUGCCAACACGUAUCAUCAUUCGACCGCUUCGCCAGAUGCCAUUCAAAGACUUGAAGAUAUUAACCAAAUGCUGUUGAACAUCAUCAAUGUUUCCUCAUGGUUGAUUCUAAAUGCAUUAGUUCCUAAAGCUUUGCCUGAUAUGGUAGCCCAAAAAUAUGGUGAUCAAUUUGCGAAAUGGCCGCAAACAACUUCAGAAGAAAGCCGGUCAAAUUUGAAUCAAAGCUUAAAGACAACGAGAAGUUUAAUAUCAUCAUUGCUUGAACAUCAAUUCACGAUUACCCACGUUCAACCACUUAUCGAAUUAUGCAUGACGGUUCGUCUGAAAUUAGUUUCCGAUUUUGUCGAUUGCGGCGUUGAAAGGAUUAUUGCAUUGAAUCAUAAAAUCAAUUGGAAACAGGAUAUUUUGGAUAGGGCACAGCACACGAAAACAACUCUUCCCGAUUUUUAUGAAAAUGAGGUUUGCGAAUGCAUUUCUCGAAUGAAAGAUGCUUUGUCUACAUCCGGCUAUCCUGGCGAGAAUUGUUUAUUCUCAAGGGAGAAAUUCCGCGAAACAAUCAUUGAUCUUCUUGUACACCUCAUCACAAGCAUCAAACUUUGUUUCGACAGAUUAUUCACACGACAACGCCCUCAACAGUUGAAUCCCGAAGGAGAGAAAAAGAAAAAGGAAGAGUUGACGACAAAAAAAUUACUCAUUGCCAUUGGAGAUGUCGAAUUCAUAAUAGCAAGAACGCUCAAUAGUUUAGGAAAGAAAAUGCAAGAGUGUGGUGUAAAACACGUUGAUCAGAUUCAGGAGAAAUCGCGUUCGAAACUUUCGUCAUUCCGCACAAAGAUGAUCAAUGAUUGUAUUGCAAUGAUGACAAGCGCAUUUGGACCGCUGGUUGAAUCAGCCACUUAUGAAUAUUUACCGGAUGAUGAUGAUAUAUCCGACUAUGCCAAGGAAAUCAUUAUGUGCUGUGUUCUUCAACAAGCUGAGCUCGAGCUCUAUGCACCUCAGCUCGCUGCUGAAUGCCUGCGGGAAACUAUAUCGAAUGCUUUGAAUGCUCUUUUAUCGCAUCUUUCGCGUCUCAAUUCCGACACUUCUCCAGCAAUUGUCACUCAAAUUGUCAUCGAUUUAACCGGUCUUGAAGAAGCUCUUUCCGGAUGCACAAAUCUAUCGGCACGUGCGCAAAUUAAUGCUUAUCGUGCAAGUUUAGUCGGCCGAUUUGAUAAUGCACGUCUUCAAACUUGCCUCAAAAAUAUGCGAACAACUAUGAGGAUGGCCCUACAGAGUCUCGAACAACACGCAGUUUCACACGAAGAAGAUGCUUUGAAUACAUCGAAUAUUUAA